AUGCCCCUCAAAUAUGAGACAUGCAACCCCAAGGAUCUAGGCUACUUGAUCAGCAAUAUGCUCAUGGAAUUGAUCCGUCUAAAUGACAAACUUCCUCUUAAUGGCCGUCUGACCAGGUUCCACUCCAGGGCUCCGCCUGGCAUCUCCUGUCACGACUACCUGCAGCGUCUCAUCCAACACGCUACGCUCUCACCACCCAUCCUCCUCUCUAUCGUCUAUUACAUCGACCGCUUAUGCUCGCUCUAUCCCUCAUUUACCAUCAGUAGCCUCACUGUCCAUCGAUUCCUGAUCACUGCUGCCACUGUUGCUGCAAAGGGCUUGAGUGAUAGUUUCUGGACCAAUCCUACUUAUGCUAGAAUUGGUGGUAUUAGUGUCAGCGAACUUGCUACCUUGGAGAUGGAGUUUCUGGAGAAGGUCCAAUGGCGCAUUGUGCCCAAGCCGGAGGUCUUGGUUGACUACUAUGUGAGCCUGGUCCAGAGGAACGAAGGCUUCCAACUCGAGGCCGCAACAGAAGCGGAACCGACCUGA